AUGUCUGCUCAUCACACCCCUGAACGGUGGAUUACCAGCCGGGCUAUAACCCCUCCUCCGAUUCCAUCAAAGACGCUGUCCUUAGUCCAUCAGUUACCGGAACUUGGCGAGCAGCAGUUGCGAGAAUUCCUUGAUCGCACCAUCCAUGAUUGUGAUAUCCGUCAUUUCUACCAGGUUAUGGUUGAUUCUAUCAGGUUGAAUAAGGUGCAUCUCGUGACGGAGCUACUCCGAUGUGGAAUGCCUAUAUCGCCAACCUAUGUACUCGAAGCUGUGAAGGCAAAGGCGAAAGAUAUCCUGACGGUUUUCUUCGACAAUGGUUGGGAUAUUAACACACAAAUGGGCGGAAUGGACCCCUCUAUUCUUGCAAAUGCUCUCGAGGACUUGGAGAUGACAACAUGGCUCCUUAACCAUGGCGCGGAUCCUAAUAAGCGAUGUGAUAUCGAUAAUACACCGCUCUCCUACGCCGUUAGGUAUGCCGAUAUAUCAACUAUUGAUCUUCUUCUCCGCCGUGGAGGCGAUGUCAGAAUAGGCCAGCUUGUGCAUAAUGCGAUUUGUCGAGAGUCCGACACCCUCAAAGUUGUCAAACUCCUUAUUGAUCGGGGUGCACCUUUGGAUUCUCUCAUGUACGAAGACCAUCAGUAUUCUCGGAACACGUUUCCUUUUAUGAGGGAAACUCCUCUACACACGGCAGUGGCUCUUAAAAGAGGUGAUGUUAUUCGUUAUCUGAUUCACAAGGGUGCAAGUGUGGAAAUCGAAGAUUGUAGGGGUCAAACAGUCAUACAGUCCGCAGAUCGAGACACCAGAAGAGUGAUUAUGCAAGAGAUUCAGAAGGGCACCGGCACGUUGCACGCAUCUUUGUGA